AUCUAGGUCACAUUGGCAACCAACCUCCCCCUUCCCCCCUCCUCCCCUAACCCUUCCCCUCCCCCCACCCUCCUUCUCCUCCUCACCACUGAAACCCGUUCGGCUCCACACCAGCCUUCUCUCUCCAUUUCUCUGCCAGCCGCUGGACUCCGCACGCUCUCCUCCACCGGACCAGAUAACGGAUCAUAUUAUCCUGCAGAAACGUGUGUAAAAACCUGUGAUCAUGUCCUCAGUCCUACAGAAGCUGAUCAGCCCUCUGGCCAGCAGCCCUGCUGAGCCCCCCAGGAACAAGGUGACGGUGGUCGGGGUGGGCCAGGUGGGCAUGGCCUGCGCCAUCAGCAUCCUGCUGCGGGACCUGUGUGAUGAGCUGGCCCUGGUGGAUGUGAUGGAGGACCGUCUCAAAGGAGAGAUGAUGGACUUGCAGCAUGGCAGUCUCUUCCUCAAGACCUCCAAGAUAGUCGCUGACAAAGACUACGCAGUCACAGCCAACUCUCGCCUGGUUGUGGUGACGGCCGGCGUUCGCCAGCAGGAGGGUGAGAGCCGCCUUAACCUGGUGCAGAGGAACGUCAACGUCUUUAAGGCCAUCAUCCCCCAGAUCAUCAAGUACAGCCCCAACUGCACAAUCAUCGUGGUCUCCAACCCAGUUGACGUGUUGACCUAUGUGACCUGGAAGCUGAGUGGUCUGCCCAAGCACCGCGUCAUCGGCAGCGGCACCAACCUGGACUCAGCCCGCUUCCGCUACAUGAUGGCCGAACGCCUCGGCAUCCACGCCAGCUCCUUUAACGGCUGGGUGCUAGGAGAGCAUGGAGACACCAGCGUGCCAGUGUGGAGCGGUGCUAACGUGGCAGGAGUCAACCUGCAGAAGCUGAAUCCUGAUAUUGGCACUGAUAAUGAUAAAGAACAGUGGAAGGCCACACACAAGGCAGUAGUGGACAGUGCCUACGAGGUGAUCAAGCUGAAAGGCUACACUAACUGGGCCAUUGGUCUGAGCGUGGCAGACCUGACUGAGAGCAUCGUCAAGAACAUGAGCCGUGUCCAUCCUGUCUCCACCAUGGUCAAGGACAUGUAUGGUAUUGGUGAGGAGGUCUUCCUUUCUCUGCCCUGCGUGCUGAACAGCAGCGGCGUGAGCAGUGUGGUCAACAUGACCCUGACGGACGGCGAGGUGGGCCAGCUGAAGAAGAGCGCCGACACGCUGUGGGGCAUCCAGAAGGACCUGAAGGACAUCUGAACACACCCGUGUGCGUAAUACAACACCAUGAUGCAGAGAGGCUUGUCGACACGCACACACUCCUUUUUAUAACGUCCCCUCUCUCUUAGACUGUAACACUCUUUAUUUUGAAGGAGAAUACCAGUGAUUUUUAGAGAUUGUGCCAGAGAGAAUUUCAGGUUUACACGUAUGUCAUCCAGCCUGGUUUGUCAUUAGGUCACCAUCUACUUCCUGCAAAUCACUUUUUAAGUCUAAACUGGUAUGCUCCUUUAAAAAAAAUAC